AUGAACGGAACCAGGCCCGAGUCCCCCGAUCACGACGACAAGCGCCACAGGCCAGUGCCGUACCCCCAGCCCGCGCGGAGCAACUCGAAUCAGAGCGGGCAGAGCCCUGACGAUGAGGGCCGGCGGGCGUCGUUGACGAGCUGCGAAGCGUGUCGGAAGGGCAAACGCCGCUGCGAACCAUCGCCGCUUGUGCCAGCCGACCACCCCGAAGCCGCCAAGCUCCCAUGUGCGCGCUGCCGGCGGUUCGCGCUCGAAUGCGUGCGCAUGCGCGUAAGCCGGCGCAAGGGGCCGGCGCCAGUCGACCUCAGCGCCGUCUCGGAUGCGCAACAUGGCUACGGAUAUGGCGACGAUGUCAAACCUAACAUUGACGCCGCGUUCCCGCUCCCGGUUCCGCUUACCUCACCUUCAUUCCCUCUCCUUGCCGCCGCGUCUCCGAACGUCGACAUGCUCGGCACCAACAACCUCGAUCAGGUCGCAUCACCCUCGGUCGUGGACAACAUCAUGGGCCUAUUCUUCGACUACGUUUACCCGCUCACGCCGUGUCUGCACCGACCCACCUUCCUGGCUGAUCUGGCGGCGCGCCGCGACAAGACCGAUCCCAUCUUCUUCGCUCUCACUCUCUGCGUGCUGGCGUCGACACUUGUUCAGGUGCCCCGCAAGCUGGUCAACUUGCAGAAGGAGCAAGUUGAGAGCCUCGCGCGACGAUGUGUGCGCGUUGCACGGCAUAAGAUUGCGUAUAUCUGGGACGAGCCGUCACCGAUGCGUACAGAGUUUGUGGUCAUCUUCUACCUCGAGGGCAUCGUGCACCUGAUCUUAGGCAACAAUACCGCGCAUGUCGUCGUCACCGCGCAGGCAAACCAAUGUGCUCUCACCCUUCGACUGAACGAGGAGUCGAGUUACGAGGGUCUCAACCCAAUCGAGACCGAGAUCAGACGUAGGAUCUACUGGCUCCUCUUCCAGGCGGAUAAGAGCACAGCAUGCAACCGCGCGCGCACGAUCAACCUGAGGCUAGACGACGCACCUGGCCUCCGUCUCCCAACCGAGGUCGACGAUGAGCAGAUCACCCUUGAAGGUAUCAUGCCCCAGCUGCCAGGUUGCACUCCGACGAUUGCAGGCUUCAACAUCGUCACCAACCUUUUCCGCGCGCUCAACGACGCGCUGCUCCUCCAGCGCCGACGUACUACGCCCAGCAUUGACAGCAUCAUUGCCGACCUGAACACGGUCGCGCGUUUGAGCGACGAGAUCACAGAAAUCACGAACAAUGUUGCGAGCCCGCUGCGUAUCCGCUUCUCAUCCAAGCACGACUCGCGUGCAAGUUCUCCAGCGCAGGGAUGGGAGGAGGACAUGCAAGCGCGCCUGCGCGACUUCUUCGCGGGUGUGACGCCCCAGGACUCGAUCAACAGUUUCCGCGUGAUGCAGGGCAACAUCCUCGCCACACGCCAGGUCGUGCGCCUCGUGCUGCUGCAGACGCGUAACGCGCUCCUCGGACGGCUUGGCACUCUAACAAACUUGCCGCCUGAAGCUGUCCCGGGACUAGCGGGGUCGCGGGCUACCGAGACGCCGCUAGAUAUUGCGCAUGAUCUGCUCGACGGACUCAACAACCUCCCCGAGGAAUGUGUGGCCGUCAACGGACCAAGUCUGGUGCAAAAAGUCCGCUACGUCGCGAUCCAACUGCUUGACGGCACUGCGCUCCCGUCUCAACAAGCUGUGCGAGCACAAAACCUCCUCAUGCAGUUCCUGUCGGUUCUUGGCAUCAUCGAGGAGCUGUUCUCGUUUGGGCGCGACGUGUCGGCCGAGUAG